AUGUCGGAAACAGCAGCUGGACUAUCAAUUUGGUUGUCAACUACGGCACUAGCAUGGGGGCUUGUAUGCAUGAUUAAGCGGCACGAAGGUGUAGCGCGAGAGCAUGCAGAUAUCCAGCGACAAGUAGAUGAAACGAAGACUCUGCAAAGUACCGCGGGCACUGCAAUAGUCGAACGGUCAAGUAAAAUGUGGGAGCAGUGGAACGAGUGCUGCUCACUAGCGUUUAGCUUUUGCUUUGAGCAUGCAGAGAAAGCAGCAUACGCAUAUGUGAACUUUGCAAAUCAACUUGACGAGUAUCUCAAACUACCAGACGUACCGGCUGGAUAUGAUUUUGAUAGUGGAGCUAGUUCAGAGAGCCCAGCAGUCAGUGCCUAUCCCACCCCCGUAGCUAGUGCCGAUACCAUCUCUGCAGCCAGCGUCCAUCCCGUCCCAACAACCAGCGCCUGCCCCAUCUCCGGAGCGAGGUCUGGUACCGCCCUUGCACCCAAGACGUGUCUCAAGCCAGCAGAGAGGUCUAGUACCGCCUCUUCAGCGAGGCCUAGUUCCACCUCUACAGCGAACAUUUGUCCCGUCUCAGCAGGCAGCACCUGUCCCGCCCGAGCAGGUAGCCCCAGCUAUAGACCAAGAGCAUCCCAAAGAUCAAAGUUCCUAGUACUUCCAGUUCCUUCGGUAGCUAGAAGUAUUGGUACAGUAGAUUCACCUCAUGCGGGAGUUCACCGGUCUCUGAUCAGUAUAUGGAACGGAAAAGGCAUGGAAGAGACAUUUAUGCGGCGUCUAUAUGGCGCUCGAAUAUCGUGUGAGGUCCUGGUUAGAUUAGAAUGA